AUGGACUUUGAAUCACACAACAGCAGUGGAGAGAAUAUGAUGGAUCACGAGGUUGAUGUUCAAGAUGCAAAUGUUGAGGGUGAUAAUACAGCUGGGUCAGCAGGCACAAAGGUGCCAACAAAGAAACCGAGAAAGUUAGUAUCCAAGGUUUGGCAACACUUCGAGCGCAUUCCAAUGAAUAAGGAUGGAUGUAAAAUUCAAGCCAAAUGUAAGUGUUGUGAUCAAUUAUACAUGGCUGAUAGUAAAUAUGGCACUGGUAAUUUAAAGCGACAUUUGGAUGGAUGUGUGAGAAGAGAUACUAGAGAUGUUGGGCAGAUGAUGCUUUCAACUCAAAAUAGCUCCUUCAGUUUAGAGCCUAAAUUUGACCAUGAGAAAUUUAGGGAGUUAUUGAUAGCUGCCAUUAUUAUGCAUGAUUUGCCAUUUCAAUUUACUGAAUGGCAAGGCAUUAGAGCUCUUCUUCUAUAUUUGCGUGCGGAUUUGAAUAUUAUAACUAGAAACACAGUGAAGGCUGAUAGUGUUAAGUUGCAUAAAAGGGAGAAAGAUAGAUGCUUGAAUAUGUUAAAGGAGAAUACCAGUAGAGUUAGUUUAACAUCUGAUUUAUGGACUUCUUUAAACACUGAUGGAUUUAUAUGUUUGACUGCACAUUUUGUUGACAAGAGUUGGCAUCUGCAUAAAAGAGUUCUAAAUUUUGGGUUUAUGCCACCUCCACAUACUGGAAUCUCAUUGGCUGAAAAAAUUCACACCUUUUUGAAGGAUUGGGGGUUAGAUGGGAAAUUUUUUUCAAUUACAUUGGAUAAUGCUUCUACAAAUGAUGUUUGUGUUCAAUUUUUGAGAGAUCAACUGUUGAUUGGAGGUGGACUUUUAUGCAAUGGUGAGUUUUUUCAUGUGAGAUGUUGUGCUCACAUAUUAAAUUUGAUAGUUCAAGAAGGAUUGAAAGAGGUUGAUGCAUCUAUUGUGAAAGUUAGGGAGAGUGUUAAGUAUGUGAAGGGGUCACAAGCAAGGAAACAAAAAUUUUUGCAGUGUGUUGCUCAAAGUUCUCUUGCAUCUAGAAGAGGUUGCAGGCAAGAUGUUCCAACAAGAUGGAAUUCUACUUUUCUCAUGCUUGAUAGUGCACUCUUCUAUAAACGUGCCUUCAUGCACCUUGAGUUAAGUGAUUCCAACUAUAAAUAUUGUCCAUCUAGAGAUGAAUGGGACAGGAUAGAAAAGAUCAAUGAGUUCUUGCAUGUAUUUUAUGAUAUUACUUGCAUCUUCUCUAAAACCAAGCAUCCAACUGCAAAUCUUUACUUUCCUUAUGUUUUUACUGCACAUCUGACAUUACAAAAAGGAUUGAAAAGUGAUGAUGCUUAUAUUGUGAAUAUGGCUGAAAAGAUGUUCACUAAAUUUGACAAAUAUUGGUCUGAAUUUAGUAUGAUUUUAGCCAUAGCUGUCAUUUUGGAUCCUAGAUAUAAGAUGAGUUUUGUUGAAUGGUGCUACAAUAAGUUGUAUGGUGAUGAUGGGGUGAACGAAUCAACAAAGGUGAAAGACAAAUUGGUUUCCUUGUUUAAUGAGUAUGCACAUGAUGGAAUCAGAAACUAUUCAUCUAUUUCUUCAACAAGUAGGGCUGGAGAUGGUGGGAGUGAGACAAUUGAUGAAACCUCAAUUUCUACUACAUCUAGAGAUGUUUUGAGUGCUAAUCAAUUUAGGUAUCCAGAAGUUGCUGCAAUGGCAAGAGAUAUUUUUGGGAUACCUAUUUCUAGUGUUGCUUCGGAAAGUGCUUUUAGUGUUGGAGGAAGAGUACUUGAUCAAUACCGAAGUUCACUCAAACCUGACAUAGUUGAAGCAUUGAUUUGCACUAGAGAUUGGUUAUAUGGAGAGCAAGAGCACUCAGCAAUAGCUUUGGAAGAAUUGACAGAAGAUAUAAUGGACAUGAAUCUACAUUCAAUAGCUGAUCAUGGCGCUCAAAAUUACUCAGUUGCAUAA